CCCCAGAAAACAAUAUGGCGGAAGAAGAAACCUCUGCAGAAGCGUUGGUGAGCUUACGAGGUAUUGGAUCACAGUCUCAGUUUAGUUCACCAGUGAAGCGCACUACACCACCACGAUCUAAGAAAAGGACUCGACAGACUGAUGAUAGCACGGAAGAUGUCGACCAAGAGAGAGGCACAGAUGAGGGGGAAUAUUUGCUUUCUUCCCCCCGAACAAGAAGGAUGGCAAAAGCAGCAUCUGUGUUAACUGGGAAUGGAAGUACAGACAAGAGGCUUGCUAAGGCAUCAUUUGCCAAGCUGCAGAAUCUUCUUAAGUUGCCUAAAGCAGCAAGAUGGUGUUAUUUUGAAUGGUUCUACUCCAGCUUAGACAGAGUCUUAUUUGAAGGUGAUAAUGACUUUCAUGUUUGCCUAAAGGAGUCAUUUCCAAACUUAAAGACUCGCAAAUUGCGCCGAGUUGAAUGGAGAGAAGUUAGGAGACUUAUGGGAAAACCAAGAAGAUGUUCUCCAGCCUUUUUCUUGGAAGAGCGGCAAGCUCUAGAAGAGAAGAGACGAAAAAUAAGGAUGCUUCAACAACGAAAGGUAACUGAACUAAGCAGAUUUAAGGAUUUGCCUGAUGAGGUUCCAUUACCUCUAGUCAUAGGAACAAAAGUCACAGCUCGUCUACGUGAGCCUCAGGAUGGCCUUUUCACUGGUCAGAUAGAUGCUGUUGAUACUGUCAAUUACUCUUAUAGAGUCACGUUUGACCGUCCAGGUCUUGGAACUCAUUCAGUUCCUGAUAUUGAAGUUCUUAGUGAAGAGCCACAUGACACAAUGCCAAUAUCAUCAUUCCUUCAAAAGGAAAGACCAAGAACGGCAGCAUUCUCUGCUUCUUACACUCCACCAAGGCUGCUUCCCGCCACUGGUGAUGUCAACAGUCCAAAUAUGGUUCAUGAUCCUCUCAUAGGGGCUUCACCUGGAAGGUUGCGCCUUCAAGAUGCAAUCUCCCAGCAAGGACAAGGUGGCACACUUGGUGGUUUUCCAAUUAGAUUCCUCAUCCUUGUGACAAGGUUAUCAAAGAUUUUACUGGUCAAGAAGGAAUGCAUUGAGAAGUUGAGGGACAUGAACACGCAAGCUGAGAAAAUGAAAUCAUACCAAGAACCCAUUGAUAAAGAGUUCCAACGAAGAUAUGCAUCUGUGGUACUGGAACUAGAGCGACUAAACAGGGAUCUUAAUGAGUAUUUAACAGGGGUCCAGGAAUACUGCCAAGAGCUUGCCCCUGAACAAGGAGUUCAAUCCAUGGAUCAGUCUACUAGUGUGAAGAGAAGAUGUGAUAAGGAGGCCACAAGAGUAGUGGAAGAAAAUAAUGCAACUAUGGGCCUGAAUGCAAUUACAAGCCAGCCAUUGAUACAUAUUGUCAGUAGUCUAACUUCUCUCAUGCUGCAAAUCAAGUCCUUAGCUGAGAAUGAUCUCAACACAUUCGAGUUCAAAUCACUAUCUGAUGCAGUGGAUGAAAUAAAGAAAAGCAUAGACCCUUCAAACAUCAGCUGUUUUCAGAACAAUGUAGAGAUCCAUGUAGCUCACAUUCAGUCUGGUCUGAGUCAGAUGGGGAAUCUUCAUGCCUUUUCCUCAUCAUCUGGCUCAUCAUAGGAUUCCACACAGCCUGUACACAGCAAUGCUUGUAACUAAGAUGGAUUGCAAUUAUGACUGCCAUAAAAUGAUCAUGCAGCACAUCUGAAAGCUCCCAUAUACUAGUUAAUUAAAAGGAUUCCUGUAGUUUUUUGUGGAACAGUAAGCCAUUUCUAAAUUGCCUUUUGCCUCUGUGUUAAAAUGAUAUUUUACCACAAUUGCUACUAAUCUCGUAAUCUGAUUGGCUAAUUUGCCGAGGGCAAUAAGAGUCCAGUCAAAGCUGCUGGCGUCAAUGUGUCACGCAAUGCCUUUUUCAGCUCGCGCUCUGAAAAAAACAUUUUCUUUGACGUUGAUAUUGUGGUAAAAACAAAUCAAAAUGUGGUUUAGCGUGGUCUGUACUCUAAUUGACAACAAUAUGCGUCAUCACAAUGGUCAAAAUUUGUUGUGGACUCACUUGACUGUACCUCUUGAGUCCACAACGUUUUGACCACUGUGAUGAUGUGUAUCAUUGUUGUUAAGAGUACAGACCAUGCUGAACCACAUUCGAUUUGUUAACUUCGUAUAAAACCAUUCAUAUCGUAAUGAGUUCCCCCUAUAGGGUCAUAUUCAUGCAAAUCAAACUCAUUUUCCUAUGAGAGGUUUUGCACGAGGACUUAUUUUGAAACAGAGGUACAAGGUAACUCGGAAAUGGCCUAUUAAGUGUUCAUGUUAUUUAAAUGAGUAACUGGCCAAUAUUGGUAUAAGAAAAGGGAAUAUGUCAAGUUUUCUUUUGUUAAUAGACUGGACAAAGGUUUAUAUACAGAAUGCCAGCCUUAACUCAAAAGAUGGCUUUGAGCCAUUUAGUGACUAUGGUACUUUCUAUUCCAUUGGGUUUUGUGUGGCAAAGUGUAUUAGGAUAAUGUGAGCACACAAAAUGUUCUUUCCAAUCCCUUUGUGAAUUUUCAAACAAUUUAUAAUUAUAGAUUAGAACACAUUCUUUCCUCAAUAUAAUUGUUUCAGAUGUUUAUCACCAUAAGCCUGUGUUGUUUAGACUUAGAAUUGUGAUCUUUUCAGGCUUUGCUUUCCAAGAAUGUGAUAGAAAAUGCCCUGUUGCUGGGUACAGCUGUAGAUCAGGGACAUUUAAAUAAAAAAUGUACCAUUUCACUAAGUAUUGUGUGAUUAAUAUCUAAUUAUGUACAAUUUAUUUUGACUUUAAUUUAAACUAGGAUAAUAAUCAUGUGAUUCAGGCUCUCAUUGGUUUUAUCUUAAACCCAUUAAAUGUGGAUUUGUGCAAGGUCUAAUGUUUUGAACUUGAUGUGUAUUAAAAAAAUAUGUAAAAAUACAUUUUACAAUAAAAUUUAAUUUCCUUUUAGA